AAACAAGGAAAACCUUUAGCAACACAAACUUAGAUGUGCGUGAAUUUUACACUCGUAUAAGAAAGUUGGUAAAAAUUUUAAUAAAUUAUUUGGUAUCCUACCAUAACUCGACAUAUAUACAAAACUGUAGAGACAGAGAAAAUAGGAAUUACAUAUACAUAUAUAUAUAUAUAGAUCUAUAUAGACAGAGAAAGUGUAGAGAGAGAGAAGCGGGCAACGCCGGGAUCGAUUGGUUGUGAUUGAGCGAUUAAUCCAUCGGGAGCGAAAGUUUAGGGUAUUCGUGUCGCGCGUGUGUAUGUAUGGGGAGUGGAACAUUCGUGGACGGCGUUCGUCGCUGGUUUCAACGUCGAUCUUCAUCAUCGUCGUCAUCAUCAUCAUCGACGGUCUUUGUUAAUAAUAGUAUUAACGAUAUUCCUAAGCUCAAAAACAAUGAUAACCAAGUACUGCCCAACCAAUUUGAAGAACACGAGGACUUGGGUUUGAAGCUAAUCAAAGUGCCCAACCGACUCCAUUUCCCUCCCACGUCCAUGGAUCCUCACAAAAAAAGUACUCUGGACACAGAAUUCUUCACAGAGUAUGGGGAAGCAAGCAGAUAUCAAAUUCAGGAAGUUGUUGGCAAAGGAAGUUAUGGUGUUGUUGGUUCUGCUAUUGAUACUCACACUGGGGAGAGGGUGGCAAUCAAGAAGAUCAAUGAUGUCUUUGAGCAUGUCUCUGAUGCCACAAGGAUCCUCAGAGAAAUCAAGCUCCUUCGACUGCUCCGUCAUCCGGAUAUUGUAGAAAUAAAGCAUAUCAUGCUUCCUCCUUCUCGAAGAGAAUUUAAAGAUAUAUAUGUUGUAUUUGAGUUAAUGGAAUCUGACCUUCACCAAGUGAUUAAGGCAAAUGAUGAUCUUACUCCUGAACAUUAUCAGUUUUUCUUGUAUCAGCUUCUUCGUGGCCUAAAAUAUAUACACACAGCGAAUGUGUUUCAUCGAGAUUUAAAACCAAAAAAUAUACUUGCUAAUGCGGAUUGCAAGUUGAAGAUUUGUGAUUUUGGGCUUGCUCGUGUCUCCUUCAACGAUGCUCCAUCAGCUAUUUUCUGGACUGACUAUGUUGCUACCCGAUGGUAUCGUGCUCCUGAACUCUGCGGCUCUUUUUUCUCCAAAUAUACACCCGCAAUUGAUAUAUGGAGCAUUGGAUGCAUAUUUGCAGAAAUGCUUACAGGAAAACCAUUGUUUCCUGGGAAAAAUGUGGUGCACCAGUUAGAUCUCAUGACUGAUUUGCUUGGCACUCCUUCUCCAGAAUCCACUGCUAGGAUAAGAAAUCAAAAAGCAAGAAGAUACCUAAGUAGCAUGCGUAGAAAACCGCCAGUUCCAUUUACACAUAAGUUCCCCAGUGUAGAUCCAUUAGCUCUUUGCCUUUUGGAACGGCUGCUAGCAUUUGAUCCUAAAGAUCGACCAUCUGCCGAAGAGGCAUUAGCUGAUCCUUACUUUCAUGGUUUGGCAAAUGUGGACCGCGAACCAGCCACUCAGCCCAUAUCAAAACUUGAGUUUGAGUUUGAAAGGAGAAAAUUGGCAAAAGAUGAUGUUAGAGAGUUGAUUUAUCGAGAGAUUUUAGAAUAUCAUCCUCAGAUGCACCAGGAGUAUCUUUGUGGUGGAGAUCAGACUAGCUUCAUGUACCCAAGUGGGGUUGAUCGAUUCAAGAGACAGUUUGCCCAUCUCGAGGAGCAUUAUGGUAAAGGUGAAAGGAGUUCUCCUCUCCAAAGGCAGCAUGCUUCAUUGCCUAGAGAACGCGUUUGUGUUCCCAAGGAUGAAGCUACUUCCCAAAAUAAUGAUUUUGAAGUGCGAACUACGGCAUCUGUUGCUACCACUCUUAAGAGUCCUCCAUCAGAAAAUGCAAAUACAGAUGCACAAAAUGGACCAAGCAAGCCAAACUACAGCGCUCGUAGCCUAUUAAAGAGUGCUAGUAUCAGUGCUUCCAAGUGUAUAGGUGCCAAAGGGAGAAAAGAUUCAGAGGGAGAAGAAAUUGCUGAGCAAAAUGAGGAGGUUGAUGCCUCGUCGCAAAAAGUAGCAGCUCUCUGUGCCUGAUUUCAAACUUCACUUUUAUAACUUGAAUAGAAUCAGUUGGAUCAAUGUUGUGCACGACUCCAAGUUUUCCUGUUAUGUUCAUUCAUCGAAGAUUCAUGAUGACCCACCAUCAAAUUUCUUUUCUUUGUUUCAGGUAGAAGCCAACAGUAGGACCCUUAUUGUUGUUACCAUUUGUUUGUGUUAUAUUUAUAACAAUACUAGGAAGAAGAAAUGCUCUCCAAUUAGCCCUCUAUUUAUGGUUUGGAGAUGCAAAAUUAUUGUAUUUUUAUUCAAAAUGAUGGUGAUGACCAAAUUGAUAUGGUGAGAAAGAAUGGUCAAAUCUAUACCUUUUACCCACAUAUACAAGAUUUUAAAGAUCUGGUUCAACCCAUUUCAUGUUU